AUGUCUGACUUCGCUGAGUCCUUUGGCGAGGCCUUUGCAGCUUACGAGAGAAGCAGCAAGGCCGGCUCUGGCUCUGGCUCUGGCGGCGGUGGUGGUGGUGGCCGUGGUAGACGUGGCGGCCGUGGCAGGCCAGAUAACCGACAGGGUUGUUGGCACUGUGGCUCUCGCGAGCACGUCUUGAGGGACUGCCCUCACAGAGGUGACCGGCGACAUCGCAAGAAGGAUAUCCGUCGUCAGGCGCCCCCUGUUCCGGCGACGACUCCCUCCCCUCCUGCUCCUCUCGAGCAGCUCCCUCUCCCUCCUGCUCCUACUCAGCAGCAGCAGCAGCAGCAGCAGCAGCAGCAAGACGACGAGGAGGAUAGAGUGGCCAUAGAACAAUUCGCGGCUGAGUUUCGACGCCGACGGGAACUGCAGCGGCUGCAGCAGCAGCAACAGCAACAGAAAGACGAGGCGCUGGAGGCGGAGAUGGCACAAGUCCAGGCCGAGUUUCGGUCUCGACGGGAGCAGCUGCAGCAGAUCGGCGAGGAGAGGACAGCGGCGAUGAAUCAACUCGUGGCUAAGUUUCAGUCUCGAAAGAAUCUGCAAGAGCAGCAAUACCAGCGGCAGCAACAACAGCUUAAUGAGGAGGAGGCAGCGGCGUUUGUACGACUGUCGCUUCGGUAUCAAUAG